AUGAACUACCGCUCGGGUGUGGUCACGCAAUGCCCCGGUUCGUACUCGGACCACGCCGUCGUCGCCGUGGGGUACGACAGCACGUCGUACAAGCUCCGCAACUCGUGGGGCGCCAACUGGGGUGAAGCCGGUCACAUCCGCGUCAAGCGCGGUGUGAGCGGCAAAGGUAUGUGCAACGUUGCCGAGGACGUAGUGUUCCCCAAGAUCGAAGGCAACACGCCCACUAACUCGCCGUCCCCGACGACAAAGCCCACCCCGACGACAAAGCCCACCCCGACAAGUCCUCAACCUGACGUGUGCGCCGAUUGCACCGGGUGCUUCUACCCUGCUGGGAACCAGUGUUUGCCCGCCGAGUACACCAAGGACGACUGCGACUAUUACCGUGAUGAGUAUGGCACGGUUUGGUGUGGUGACAAGCCUACUCCUACCACUACCAAGCCUACCGCCAAACCUACCACUACCAAGCCUACCACCACCAAGCCUACCACCAAGCCAACCACCACCAAGCCCACUCCCAAGCCAACCACCACCAAGUCCACUCCCAAGCCCACCUCCAGUAUUGACUGUGGCACGUGCAAUGUAUGUUACGAUCCGGCCUCUGACCGAUGCUUGGACAACAUCAGCAAGUACGAUUGCCGAGCCUUGACCUCAACCAAGGGCUAUGUGUGGUGCGGCCACUGGUAA